UUAUUCGAGGAGUUUAAGUGUAUAUAAAUGGUGAAGAGGCUAAUGAGAGAAAGCCACAAGUCAGGUGCAGAAAGGUUGCAGUGAAAGCAUAGCAGUGUAGUGUCGUAGUUUCUCUCUCUUGUUUCUCACUCCUCAAAUUAAAAUCAAUUAUCAAAUAGUUCUGUGCCUCCAUUUUGUAUAUUAAGUUAUGGGAUUGCCUCCUUCUGUUCUCUUCAACCCUUUCUUUAUCACUUCUUUACUCCUCUUCUUCACCAACUCACUUGUCUUUGCUACUUCUUCAUCUCAAGGUAACAAAAAAGAAACCCCAGAAUACAAGUACCCUUUCAUCAGACGAGCGAGCACAUUUUCAACAUCAUCAAAAGGUUCAUCAGACGGUGGAAAAUCAUCAUCAUUAUCAUCAUCAAGAGGUUCAUAUGAGUACAUUAUAGUAGGGGGUGGCACAGCAGGGUGUCCCUUAGCAGCAACUUUAUCAAAAAAGUAUAAUGUUUUGGUUUUAGAAAGAGGAGGAGUACCAUUUAAUAAUUUUAAUGUGAGUUACAUGCAAAAUUUCCACAUAUCUUUGGCUGACACUUCACCAACUUCGGCUUCUCAAUACUUCAUUUCUACUGAUGGAGUUUAUAAUUCAAGGGCUAGAGUUUUAGGGGGUGGCACUUGCAUUAAUGCUGGUUUCUAUACUAGGGCUAGCUCCAGUUAUGUUAAGAGGGCAGGGUGGGAUACCAAGUUAGUGAAUGAAUCCUACCCUUGGGUAGAGAAGCAAUUAGUGCAUAAGCCAAAGCUAGCACCAUGGCAAAAGGCAGUAAGGGAUGCUCUCUUAGAUGUUGGGGUUUCGCCAUUCAAUGGAUUCACAUAUGAUCAUAAGUAUGGAACCAAGGUUGGUGGCACGAUUUUCGAGGCCAAUGGCCGGCGCCACACUGCAGCCGAGCUCUUGUCUUCCUCCGAUCCCAACAAUCUCGACGUCCUCAUCCAUGCAACUGUCCAGAGGAUCACAUUCGAUACUAGAGGAAAAAGGCCUAAGGCAGUAGGGGUGAUAUUCAAAGAUGAAAAUGGGAAACAACACGAAGCAUUACUAUCAAAAAGGAGAGGAAGUGAAAUUAUUGUGUCAAGUGGGGCAAUAGGGAGUCCACAAUUGCUGCUUCUAAGUGGUAUUGGGCCCAAAGAAGACCUCAAAAAAUUGAACAUUUCUCUAGUUCAUCACAACAAGUUUGUAGGAAAAGGCAUGCAAGAUAAUCCUAUGAACACUAUUUUUAUCCCUACAAAGAAGCAUGUAGAACAGUCUUUGAUACAAACAGUUGGAAUAACAAAAAAAGGAGUGUACAUUGAAGCCAGCAGUGGGUUUGGUCAGACCAAUGAUAGCAUCCUGUGCCACCAUGGUCUUCUCUCUGCUGAGAUUGGUCAGCUCUCUACAAUACCUCCAAAGCAAAGAACACAAGAAGCAAUCCAAAGAUACAAAGACAGUAAGCAAGACUUACCCUUUGAGGCAUUCAAAGGUGGGUUCAUCCUAGAGAAGAUAGCCUUACCUAUGUCCAAGGGCGACCUUAAGCUCAUCAACACGAACAUCGACGACAACCCCAAUGUGACCUUCAACUACUUCAGCCACCCCCAAGACUUACGGCGUUGCGUCGAAGGCAUUCGAAUCAUGGAAAGUCUUGUUAAAUCUGUAAACUUCACUAACACCAUAGGAAUAAAACUUGAUGAAGAAACCACAGAAAAGUUGCUUAAUAUGAGUGUUAAGGCUAACAUCAACCUCAUCCCUAAGCACACUAAUGACACCAAGUCUUUGGAGCAGUUUUGUAAGGAUACUGUUAUUACCAUUUGGCACUACCAUGGAGGUUGUCAAGUUGGCAAGGUGGUGGCGCACGACUAUCGAGUUUUUGGGGUUGAUAGGCUCCGAGUUGUCGAUGGCUCCACCUUUAGGACAUCCCCCGGAACUAAUCCUCAAGCAACUGUCAUGAUGAUGGGAAGGUACAUGGGAGUGAAGAUCCUGAGGGAAAGACUUGGAAGAUGAGCUAAUAAUUUAUAGGAGUUGAGGAAGUUGAUUGGUUUAAGUAGAUUGAGAUGCAUCAUAUGCAUGUGUGAUUUUGUUACUAGUAUAUUAUAAUUCUUGGCAAACACUUAAAACAUGUAUAAAUAUAGGUUUGCCGAUUAAUUAGGUAAUUACGCCUAUUAUUUAUUAAUUGUGGUGUGUUUAUAUAAUGGUUAGGAUAUUAAACAACUAAUAGCUAUUAUUUAUAGUACUCCAUUAUUAUAUUUUA